AUGGCCUGCUUAGAUGGGAAUUUGCGGGAGCUGCGGGGAGUUCUGUGUCCAGCCAAGGACCCAGUGGAGAAAGAUAAUGACUGUCUAAAAGAGGAUGUGGAGGAGGAUGAAGACCCAGUGUUUGUCGACGCCGAGGAACUCUGCAGUGGGGGUGUAAAGGCUGGUUGCCUCCCCGGUCGCCUUCGUGUUUCAAUUUGUGAUGAAAAUACUCAAGAGAUAUUUGAAGUGUUUGGACGUUUCCCAUUAAUAGGUCCUUGGUGGCAAGUGAGAGUACAAGCAAAGCCUGUGGGAAGGAGCUACUAUACUCAAGGAUUUCCAUCUUACUUUUUACAGUCCGAUAUGUCACCACCAAAUCAACAACAGAUCUGUUCUCUUUUUCUUACGGAGUGUCAGGUGUCCGAUGAAUUUAAAACUCUGUUUUUAAAAUGGGUAAAUGAAGUAUCAAGCUAUGAAGACCUAAACUUUGAAAAUAUUAGAGAAACAUUAAGAACUUUCCAAAGGGAAAGUGAAAGGAAAAAUAAAAAGAAAUCGGCACAGAAUAAACAGGAAGAGACUUUAUCAGAUUGUGAGAUGAGUCUUCCACUGGAGCACACAAUUCCGUUUAAAAAUGUUAUGACAGCUUUGCAGUUUCCGAAAAUAAUGGAAUUCCUUCCAAUUCUUCUGCCUCGACACUUUAAACAGCUCAUCAACUCAGACUCUACAGUGCAGCUGGAAAAGAUAGAAGAGAUUUUGAGUGAAUAUCCAUGGAAACUUGGAUUUAGUAAAAUAACCUACAGAGAACUGAAGCUUGUGCGAUGCGAGGCGAGUUGGACAGCCUUUAAUCAGUGCCAGCCUCUUCUCCAGUCGAUGACUGACUUAGAGAAGAAUGCAUUGAUGAUCUAUUCCAAACUGAAGCAGAUAUGCAGGGAGCAUGGGCACACUUGCAUUGAAGAAGUUGAAUUGACUUCUGCAUUGUCACACCAUAUGUCUUUUAAUGAUACUUGGCACUCUCUGAAGUUUUUGAAGGAUAUCGGUGUGGUGACCUAUGAGAAAAGCUGGAUUUUUCUCUAUGACCUUUACCAGGCCGAACAAACCAUUGCUUCUUCGAUAUGCCAACUGAUGAGAGGACCUCCGUGGCAUCUGCGUGUAGAUGUUAGAAAGGUGCUUGCAUCUCUUCGUGCCCCCAAACCGGAGGAUUCAGAAAGUGGUGACAUAUUGCAUGAAAGUGUAAUACCAGAUGAAAGAAGAUUAGAAAAUUCUCUGCACAUUGUGGACACACAGGAGAACAGGGACCAUAAUGGUGCAAAUGAACUUAAUGCAGAAACAGAUGAUGUUCAACUGGAUCGGGAUCAAGUAACUGCUUUGGAAAUGAUUUGUUCAAAUGCUGUGACAGUCAUAAGUGGGAAAGGGGGCUGUGGAAAGACCACAAUUGUUAGCCACCUUUUUAAGCAUAUACAGCAGCUGGAAGAAAAAGAAGUGAAAAAGGCUUGUGAAGACUUUGAGCGAGACCAGGAUUUGUCAGAAGAAUGGCAGAGCUUUACUGAGCAAAACCAAGUGGAGGCCGGCAAAGCUAUAGAAGUGUUACUUACAGCUCCUACAGGCAAAGCUGCUAGCUUACUGAGACACAAAACCGGUCUUCACGCUUAUACGCUGUGCCAGGUUAAUUACAGUUUCUACUUAUGGGAGAAACAUAAGAUGGCAAAGGAAAAGCCAUGGAAAUUUUCUUCAGUUAGAGUUCUGGUUGUGGAUGAAGGGAGUUUGGUAUCCGUAGGAAUCUUCAAAUCAGUUUUAAAUUUAUUGUGUGAGCACUCCAAACUUUCUAAGCUUAUUGUCCUUGGUGAUAUUAGACAGUUACCUAGUAUUGAACCUGGUAACUUGCUGAAUGAUCUUUUUGAGACGCUUAAAUCAAGAAAGUGUGCUGUUGAGCUAAGGACAAACCAUCGAACAGAGUCUCAGCUCAUUGUGGACAAUGCUACAAGAAUCUCAAGACAUCAAUUUCCAGUAUUUGAUGCAGAAUUGAAAAUAUCUGAUAAUUCAAUACUCCCCAUGUCAAUUGAAGAUAAGGCAUUUAUUUUUGUCCGACUUCCAGAAGAGAAUGCGGGCUCUCAGAAGUCUCAGUUGUCUAAAAGUAAUCAUCACCCUCAUCUAUAUUCUGUGGUUGGAGCUUUACUCAAAGAAAAGGACCUAAAAGAUGAAAAAAAAUCACAGUUUAUUGCAUUUAGAAGACAAGAUUGUGAUCUCAUCAACGACUGCUGUUCCAAGCACUACAGAGGCCACUUAAUCAAAGACCACGCGAAUAGACUUGUGUUUAGAAUUGGUGAUAAAAUUUGUUGUACCAAGAAUGCGUAUCUCUCUGAUUUACUCCCUGAAAGUGCAUCUGAAAGUCAGUACAAGAAUGCGCUGGAGUCCAACGGUGGAAACUUUGAUGGUCUUCCUCAGGAUUUUGCUAAAAAUAAAAAUAACUUUGAAAGUGAUAUUCGCUUAUGCAAUGGAGAAAUAUUUUACAUAACAGGAGAUAAUACUGAUGUGACUUUUGGAACGAAAAGAUCUUUGACUAUUGAUAAUUAUGCUGGCUUGGAAGUAACUGUGGAUUUUGGAAAAUUAAUGCAAUAUUGUCGCAUAAAACACGCAUGGGCAAGAACUAUUCAUACAUUCCAGGGCUCCGAGGAACAAACUGUCGUGUAUGUUGUCGGGAAGGCAGGCCGCCAGCACUGGCAGCACGUUUACACCGCAGUGACCCGGGGCCGCUCUAGAGUGUACAUCAUUGCAGAGGAGUCUCAGCUGCGAAGCGCAAUCAAGAGAAGCAACAUUCCCAGAAAAACACGUUUAAAACACUUUUUGCAAAACUGUCUGCUUUCCACGAGCUGUGCAUCACCGCCACAGUCUCCAUCACAGAGCUCUGGACAAAGUGGAGAAGCUUGCACACAGCCUUCCGCAUCCCCACUCACUACAGCUGGGACAGACAGUGGCAUGGAGGCCGUCCCCAAGAGCAGAGCCUCUAUGCCUAACGGCUCUGUGUUCGCAUUUGCUGAAAGACGGCUGUCUUCAUCAGAAGUGGACGCAGAUGAGAAUCUAUCAAAAACACCAGGGUUCAAAAGAACCUAUGGUGUGAAUGUUGAUGAAAGUCCAAGCAAAGUUCGUAUGGUGGAAGAAUCAUCUCCGCAAGUGUCUUCCAGAUUUCAGAAUAUGAAACUGAAUAAUUUAAGCCCCAGGCAACUUUUCAAGUCCACAGAUAAUCAAGAAAGUUAA